GUUUGUGAUCAGAGGCUAUCUCUUUUUUUCUCUACAGAAAAAGCUCAAGAAAACCUUAACGUCAUCACCAUGGUCCAGUGGUCAGGUCCUGAGCGUGCCGCCAUCAGUUCCCUGUGGGGAAAAAUCGAUGUGGGGGAGAUUGGACCCCAGGCUCUGACCAGGCUUUUGAUUGUAUAUCCGUGGACUCAGAGACACUUCACAUCAUUUGGCACCCUGUCCAGCAACGCCGCCAUCCUGGGAAAUGAGAAAGUCGCAGAGCAUGGCAAGAUAGUGAUGGGAGGGCUGGAAAGAGCUGUGAGGAACAUGGACGACAUCAAGAACGCCUACACCAAGCUGAGCGUGAUGCACUCUGAGAAGCUCCAUGUGGAUCCUGAUAACUUCAGGCUUCUUGCUGAGUGCAUCAGUGUGUGCGUGGCUGCCAAGUUCGGCCCCUCCGUCUUCACCGCUGAUGUCCAGGAGGCCUGGCAGAAGUUCCUGGCUGUGGUUGUGUCCGCUCUGGGCAAACAGUACCACUGAGGCUCAGGAGAUGCAAUCUCUCACAUCCCGCAGAGAAACCUUUCCCGAAUGCAUCAAAUAAAAGACAAAUUGAAGACAUGUA